AUGUCAAGUAGACAACUCCGGAAGCUCCAAAAACAGCGGGAGCUCGAGCAGGCCAAGGGACCGGCCGAGAAUGAGCUCGAGGAGAGCGAUGAGGACACAGCGCCAUCGCCUGUGGCUGCGAAGCCCAGGGUGAGCUUGUUCGCGGCGCUGGGGGCCGGGGACGAUGAGGACGACGGGGACGAUGACGACCUAGAGGAUGAGAAGCAGGAUGACGGCGAGCGCCAGUCUCAGGUCCCUAAAGAGGAAGAGGAAGAAGACCAGUCACACAACCCUCCCGAGCCCGGGAAGAAGAGUAAGAAAAAGAAGAAGAAGAAGAAGGGCGGCAAGAACAAGGCCAAGGCCCAGGAGAAGGACGAGGCCUCGGAGGAGGACAUCGACAAGGUCCUCGAGGAGCUCAAGCUCAGCUCGGCCGGCGGUGACAGCUCCUCGGCGGCUGAUGCGGCUGCGGUGCUGGCGACACAGCGGCGCAUCAACACGCUGCUCGGUAUCAACACGAACCACCUCAAGGCCAUCAACGAGAUGCGGCAGCUGUUCGGCCGCGACAUCAUUGAGUCCGCCAACGCCGAGGAGGAGAGGGAGAACAACAACCGCCGCAGACGCGGCCCUGCUCAGCAGCAGGUCGACCUGGAGACCUUCCUGCGGGGACCUCCCGGUGCGAAGCGGCUGCCCGAGGUGUCGCUGCGGCGGAACGUCUUCAUCCAAGGCCGGGAACACUGGCCGCUGCGAUCCGCGGGAGGGCUGGGCAUGAAGCAGCUACACAAGGCGGUGGAUGGCUCCUACACGGAGUAUGCAUACGUUCACGAUAAAGACUACGAUGCUAUCCAGGCCGUCUUCUUUGCCUACGUGCAGAUCGGUGAUCCGAUGAGAAUUGUUUACCUACUGCAGCAGUGCCCCUACCAUGUUUCUACUCUGCUCCAAGUGAGCAGCGUGGCAAAGCAAGACCAAAACAUGGCAUUGGCCGCAGAGCUUUGUGAACGUGCCCUGUUUACGUUUGGCAGAGUAGCCACCUCGGCAUUCCGCCAGGACUUGGAGAACGGAAAGGCCCGUCUCGACUUCCGGAGGCCGGAGAACCGCCAAUUCUGGCUCGCGGGCUACCACUAUCUGAAGAGUCUGCUGAGAAAGGGCACGUACCGCACAGCUCUUGAAUGGUCCAAGUUGAUGUUUGCUCUGGAUACGAGCGACCCAUACGCCAUGAGGCACUUUAUCCAUUACAUUGCCGUCAGGGCACACGAGGCGGAGUGGCUCAUCGACUUCAUAGACGAGUUGGAGAAUAUCAGCGACAACCGGGAUACAGCCUACCUUCGACAAAGUACGGUGCUGGCGAAACUACAGCUGCAGGACUUGGAUGGCGCCAGAGCCGAAUUAACUGGUGGGAUGAAGAGGGUUCCUUGGCUAUACUGCGCACUAUUCCAGGAACUUGGCCUGGACGCACCGCCUUCGAUCUGGGGCAUAAGCAUAGAGACAUCAUCACGGAAUUUCUGGGUCAAGUUGUAUAUCCAUCAGACUAAGGACCUGUGGAAUAACACGGGGGCAAUCUCCCUGCUGAAAGAGGUGGCCAAGAGCCUGGACAAGGUGCAAACAUCUGAGCUGCCGGCCGACGAUGCGCCCCCAGACCUCGGGGCGACGCGACUGGCCUACCUCGAGGGACAAACCUCGAUCAUCGCCCUGGCCCCAAGAGAGAUACUUGAUCGCCAACCAAACUACGAAUUUGACCCUUUACCACCCCUGGAAUCGGAGAAUAUCUUCAGCGGCGAGGGGUGCCGGCUGCCAUGGAAGGACAACCCCCAGGGGAGCCGUGCUAUGGAGCACCAGAUUGAGAUGCAGCUGCGGAACCUCAUGGCCCGGCAACAGGCUGCCGGCGGCGCUGGAGCGGGAGGUCCUGGGGCGGGUGCAUUCCCAGGGGCUUUCGGCAUCGACGAGGACGACGACGAGAACGCAGAGCUGGACGCCAUUGACAUGGACGACCCGGAGCUGCGCGCGGACCUGGAGGAGCACGCUCGGCGAGUUGGGCAGCCUGGCUGGCUGGACGCACUGUUACAGGUUAUUCGUGGGCAGCCUGGGACGGCAGACGCGGAUGACGUGCCUGAGGGGGCGGGGGAGGGGGAUGAACAGAGAGAGGAAUUGCUACCGGGAUCUUGGCCAGUAGAGGAUGAGGAGGAGGGUGGUCAGCACCAGCGCCGUGACAACUAG